GUGGAUAUCACGUUCAUGGGUUUGCUCAGAGGACUGAAACGGUGGAAUAUAAACAGAUGCAAGUCAUCACCUGCAGGAAGACUUCAUCUACAAACCAUGAGGGUCAUCAAUUUAGGUCCAGACAUGUCUCUGGCAUACCGGCCAAAUUUGACGAAUAAUACCAAAGAAAAGGAAGACUAUAGGAACUUUGAGAGUGGAAGCCUACAGGAGCGUGUGUUCAACACGUACAAAUUGAUGCAUACUAACCAGACUGUGAACUUUGUGAGGCAAAAGCACUUAGAAUGGAGCAACUGCAACCACACCGAGAUGUCAAUGAUGGACGCCAUCAUGUCUCUGGACCAGCUGGUGGACGAGUCUGAUCCCGAUGUGGACUUCCCCAACUCUUUCCAUGCCUUCCAGACAGCUGAGGGCAUCCGCAGAGAGCACCCAGACAAAGACUGGUUCCAGCUGGUGGGUCUGAUUCAUGACGUUGGGAAGACGAUGGCUCUGUGGGAUGAACAUCAAUGGGCCGUGGUGGGUGACACAUUCCCUGUGGGCUGCAAGUUUCAAAACUCCAUCGUGUUCCGAGACACAACCUUCCUGGAAAACCCAGAUGAGAAAAAUCCCUGCUACAACUCAGAAUACGGAAUUUACAAACCAAACUGUGGACUAGACAAUGUCCUCAUCUCCUGGGGUCAUGAUGAGUAUCUUUACCGAGUGCUCAAGUUCAACAAGUGCCACAUCCCGGAGGAGGGUUUAUACAUGAUCCGCUACCAUUCCUUCUACCCCUGGCAUUCCCACGACGACUACAUGCACCUGUGUGAUGACAAAGACCUGCAAAUGCUGCCUUGGGUGAAAGAAUUCAACAACUUUGACCUAUACACAAAGGUCACAGAGCUGCCCGACGUGGAGAAGCUGCGUCCGUACUACCAGUCACUGAUUGAUAAGUACUGUCCUGGAAUUCUAAAGUGGUGAACCAGCACAGCAAGUGUUCUUUUAUGUUCAACAGUGUACCACUUCAUUAAAUCUAUGCUAAUUCUUAGUGGUUGGAUAUGCUUUGUAUUGUAUGAACCACUUUGUAGACCACUUGACUUCUUAAAGCAUUUAUUAUAUUUCAAUGUUAUUUAAAAAGUGUGUUGUUUAAGUGCACAGACUUAGUACUGGCACAGAAAGGCACACUUGUGGUUGAUAAGGAAAAAGUGCUGUGAUUUUGUUCAAGUGACAAAAAAAUAAGAAAUAACAUUCUUGCAUGUAACACUGUCAUUCAUUUGGUGUACUGACAAGUUUUCAAAUAAAUUGACAUCAAGCAGUA